AUGUCAGGAGACUGGCGAGAGGAUCCCAACGUGGUUUGGAACAGGGUGAAAUGUAGGAGGUUUAAGAGGCACAAUACAGAGAAGACGGCGACCGUUAAGCAGAACACCCGCACACCCCGACCACUGAACCCCGGAGGCGCAGCGACACACCGCGGGCUCAACCGUGCGCUUCUCCAGGAGGCGGCCUGGAGGGAUCGCUGCAGCCGACUCAGGGCGGCAGGUCGGGGUGUGCCUGUCUUACCCGCCCGGGUACCAUCCAAGUACUUCACAGAUAAUCCAGGUUCUUGGGUUCUGUCUGCACCCACCAGUCCUCCUCCUGCUGCCAGGCAAGCCGCAGGCACGGGCAGGCACGGGGCGGAGCGGUUUAGAGUGAAAAGCUCUGAGGCUGACGGGGCGUUAUCCACAGGUCGGAAGGGAGGCACCUCUCACGGGGGCCCUGCCACAGGGCCCCACGGGCAGCGGAGGCCACCCUGGGCCUCACUCCCGCAACGUUCCAGCCUCGUCUGUGUGACCCGACACCGCGGCGCUCCUGGGGGUUGCGCUCGCCCACCGCGGGGCUGCACCCCAGCCAGCUGGAGCGCCUCGGCCUCCAGGUGGAAGAAAGAGCCUGCCAACAGCCACAGAGGUACCCAUGGCUUUUUCGAUGGCUUAUAUCUCGGGGCUCCUUCCCGUCCAGAACAAAGGGGCCUGGAGCAGCACCCCACCGCCAAGAGAGCCGGGAGUCAGAGCAGGGCAGCCAGGGAGGAAGGAGGCUGCUCUUUACGGGGAAGUGACGUCAGCCGGGCUCAUCAGCUCCCAAGGAACCGGCAGCUGGGCACCCCCCGGAACAGCCCUCGGGCUGAGGGCCCUCGCGAGGGCAGGAAAUAUCUCGAAAGGACUGCUCAUAAGGACCGCACCUGGGCUGGCGGCCAGCAGGAGCUGCGGGGCGAGAGGAUAUGGAAAGUUGCUGAAGGGUCCAGGCUCCUGCUCGGGAGGGCGGAGAACGCUAGACGUGAAGUGGUGGUUGAACAACACCGUGAAGGCGAGUAAUGCCUACACCGGGUUAAAAGGGCACAUUUGGUGUGCGUGUGUUUUAGCGCAAUAAGAAGACAUAUACAGCAUUAAAGGCAACUCUCACUUCGUGUGUAUAUACUGGCCACACCCUCAACAUAGGGAAGCUUCCAGGCCGGGGAUGGAGUCCGAGGCGCCGUGCAAACGACGCCACAGCGGCAGCAACGCCAGACCCUUAAGCCACCGCGGUGGGCAAGGGAUCAAACCUGCGCCGCCACAGAGACAUCCUAGGACCCGUAACCCGUUGUCCUGGAGCCGGGACCCGUGACGUUUUAAAAACUGAGAUGCAAUUCACACACCGUGAAAUGACGCUUCGAAGUGUCGAAACGGCAGGUUUCAGUACCUUCCGCAGCGGCACCACUGUCCUGCUCGGACUCCAGAACAUUCAACCUCACCAGAAACCCACCCGCGCUGGCGGCUCUUUCCCCACCCCCCCGCCCACCCCGCAGCCCCAGGCAAAUGCUGCAUCCGCUGGUUUCCAGGGGCGCUGCUUCCGGCCGUGUCUCAUAAGUGGAAUCUGCAACAUGCGGCCUUUGGUGUCUGGUUUCUCCCAUUUAAACAUGAGGUUUUCAAAGGUCACCCGUGCUGUAGCGUCAAUGGGACUUCAAACUGUUUGCCACGGCGGCCGAACCCACGUGCAUUCCUGCCAGCAAAGUAUGAGGAUUCCGAGGUCUCCAGAUCCUUUUGCCCAAACCUGUUUUCCAUUAAAAAAUACAGCCGUC